GCGGGCGGUCCCGGCGAGGCGGGAGGGGCUGGGGCAGAGGGAGGGUCUUCGCCUCCCCACCCCCAGCCCCGUUUCCGGAGCCCGCGAUGGAGCUUUGUGAAGAUGCGGGCGUUGGGGCUGCUCGGUGAUGAUGACAUCAUCGUGUCACACACAGGAGCUGGCUGCCGGGGGGUUUAAGAGAAGAGCCUUUCGGACCACACCGGCGCUCACGCUCACACCCGCACGCCCCGGGCAGAGCCGCGCACGCCGGCCACACUCGGGCGCGCGCCGGCCACACUCGCGCGCACACAUCCGCGGCGCUCGCCCCCCGGGCCCCGGCUCGGGCCGCGAGUCGCAGCUCCCUGCCGCCGCCGCCACGGAUGCCCGCAGCUGCUCCCCUCUGCAGUGCAGCAACCCCGGCCGCCGGCCGGCCCGCCUUGGCUCCCGGCUGCAGGAAUAGCGCCAGGACGCUGGCCCCACUCGCAGCUAGCUUGCACGCCAGGGCACAGCGAGGAUGGGAGGGUCGCAGUCCCUGCAGCCAGCCCCAGCCAGCGACCUGAACCUGGAGGCUUCCGAGGCAAUGAGUUCCGAUUCUGAAGAGGCAUUUGAGACCCCGGAGUCAACGACCCCUGUCAAAGCUCCGCCAGCUCCACCCCCACCACCCCCUGAAGUCAUCCCAGAACCCGAGGUCAGCGCACAGCCACCCCCGGAAGAACCAGGAUGUGGUUCUGAGACAGUCCCUGUCCCUGAUGGCCCACGGAGCGACUCGGUGGAAGGAAGUCCCUUCCGUCCCCCGUCACACUCCUUCUCUGCCGUCUUCGAUGAAGACAAGCCGAUAGCCAGCAGCGGGACUUACAACUUGGAUUUUGACAACAUUGAGCUUGUGGAUACCUUUCAGACCUUGGAACCUCGUGCCUCAGACGGUAAGAAUCAGGAGGGCAAAGUGAACACACGGAGGAAGUCCACGGAUUCCGUCCCCAUCUCUAAGUCUACGCUGUCCCGGUCGCUCAGCCUGCAAGCCAGUGACUUUGAUGGUGCUUCUUCCUCAGGUAAUCCUGAGGCCGUGGCCCUCGCCCCAGAUGCAUAUAGCACGGGUUCCAGCAGUGCUUCCAGUACCCUUAAGCGAACUAAAAAACCAAGGCCGCCUUCCUUAAAAAAGAAACAGACCACCAAGAAACCCACAGAGACCCCCCCAGUGAAGGAGACGCAACAGGAGCCAGAUGAAGAGAGCCUCGUCCCCAGUGGGGAGAAUCUAGCAUCUGAGACGAAAACAGAAUCUGCCAAGACGGAAGGUCCUGGCCCAGCCUUAUUGGAGGAGACGCCCCUUGAGCCUGCUGCAGGGCCCAAAGCUGCCUGCCCUCUGGACUCAGAGGGUGCAGAAGGGGCUGUCCCCCCAGCUUCUGGAGGUGGCAGAGUGCAGAACUCACCCCCUGUCGGGAGGAAAACGCUGCCUCUUACCACGGCCCCGGAGGCAGGGGAGGUGACCCCAUCAGAUAGUGGGGGGCAAGAGGACUCUUCAGCCAAAGGGCUCUCCGUAAGGCUGGAGUUUGACUAUUCCGAGGACAAGUGUAGUUGGGACAACCAGCAGGAAAACCCCCCUCCUACCAAAAAGAUAGGCAAAAAGCCAGUUGCCAAAAUGCCCCUGAGGAGGCCAAAGAUGAAAAAGACACCCGAGAAACUUGACAACACUCCUGCCUCACCUCCCAGAUCCCCUGCUGAACCCAAUGACAUCCCCAUUGCUAAAGGUACUUACACCUUUGAUAUUGACAAGUGGGAUGACCCCAAUUUUAACCCCUUUUCUUCCACCUCAAAAAUGCAGGAGUCUCCCAAACUGCCCCAACAAUCAUACAGCUUUGACCCAGACACCUGUGACGAGUCCGUUGACCCCUUUAAGACAUCCUCUAAGACCCCCAGCUCACCUUCUAAAUCCCCAGCCUCCUUUGAGAUCCCAGCCAGUGCUAUCGAAGCCAAUGGAGUGGACGGGGAUGGGCUAAACAAGCCCGCCAAGAAGAAGAAGACGCCCCUAAAGACUGACACAUUUAGGGUGAAAAAGUCGCCAAAACGGUCUCCUCUCUCUGAUCCACCUUCCCAGGACCCCACCCCAGCUGCUACACCAGAAACACCACCAGUGAUCUCCGCGGUGGUCCACGCCACAGAUGAGGAAAAGCUGGCGGUCACCAACCAGAAGUGGACAUGCAUGACGGUGGACCUGGAGGCUGACAAACAGGACUACCCGCAGCCCUCGGACCUGUCCACCUUUGUAAACGAGACCAAAUUCAGUUCACCCACUGAGGAGUUGGAUUACAGAAACUCCUAUGAAAUUGAAUAUAUGGAAAAAAUUGGCUCCUCCUUACCUCAGGACGAUGACGCCCCGAAGAAGCAGGCCUUGUACCUUAUGUUUGACACUUCUCAGGAGAGCCCUGUCAAGUCAACUCCCGUCCGCAUGUCAGAGUCCCCGACGCCGUGUUCAGGGUCAAGUUUUGAAGAGACUGAAGCCCUUGUGAACGCUGCUACAAAAGCCCAGCAUCCUGUCCCACGAGGACUGGCCCCUAACCAAGAGCCACACUUGCAGGUGUCGGAGAAAUCCUCCCAGAAGGAACUGGAGGCCAUGGGCUUGGGCACCCCUUCAGAGGCGAUUGAAAUUACAGCUCCCGAGGGCUCCUUUGCCUCUGCUGACGCCCUCCUCAGCAGGCUAGCUCACCCCGCCUCUCUCUGUGGUGCACUUGACUAUCUGGAGCCCGACUUAGCAGAAAAGAACCCCCCACUAUUCGCUCAGAAACUUCAGAGAGAGGCUGCUCACCCAACAGACGUCUCCAUCUCCAAAACAGCCUUGUACUCCCGCAUUGGGACCGCCGAGGUGGAGAAACCUGCAGGCCUUCUGUUCCAGCAGCCCGACCUGGACUCUGCCCUCCAGAUUGCCAGAGCAGAGAUCAUAACCAAGGAGAGGGAGGUCUCAGAAUGGAAAGAUAAAUAUGAAGAAAGCAGGCGGGAAGUGAUGGAAAUGAGGAAAAUAGUGGCCGAGUACGAGAAGACCAUCGCUCAGAUGAUAGAGGACGAACAGAGAGAGAAGUCGGUCUCCCACCAGACAGUGCAGCAGCUGGUUCUGGAGAAGGAGCAAGCCCUGGCUGACCUGAACUCCGUGGAGAAGUCUCUGGCCGACCUUUUCAGGAGAUAUGAGAAGAUGAAGGAGGUCCUGGAAGGCUUCCGCAAGAAUGAAGAGGUGCUGAAGAGGUGUGCACAGGAGUACCUGUCCCGAGUGAAGAAGGAGGAGCAGAGGUACCAGGCCCUGAAGGUGCAUGCAGAGGAGAAACUGGACAGGGCCAAUGCUGAGAUCGCUCAGGUUCGAGGCAAGGCCCAGCAGGAGCAAGCCGCCCACCAGGCCAGCCUACGGAAGGAGCAGCUGCGAGUGGAUGCCCUGGAAAGGACGCUGGAGCAGAAGAAUAAAGAAAUAGAAGAACUCACCAAGAUUUGUGACGAACUGAUUGCCAAAAUGGGGAAGAGCUAACUCUGAACCGAAUGUUUUGGACUUAACUGUUGCGUGCAAUAUGACCGUCGGCACACUGCUGUUCCUCCAGUUCCAUGGACAGGUUCUGUUUUCACUUUUUCGUAUGCACUACUGUAUUUCCUUUCUAAGUAAAGUUGAUUUGAUUGUAUGCAGUACUAAGGAGACUAUCAGAAUUUCUUGCUAUUGGUUUGCAUUUUCCUAGUAUAAUUCAUAGCAAGUUGACCUCAGAGUUCCUGUAUCAGGGAGAUUGUCUGAUUCUCUAAUAAAAGACACAUUGCUGACCUUGGCCUUGCCCUUUGUACACACGUUCCCAGGGUGAGCAGCUUUUGGAUUUAAUAUGAACAUGUACAGCGUGCAUAGGGACUCUUGCCUUAAGGAGUGUAAACUUGAUCUGCAUUUGCUGAUUUGUUUUUUAAAACACAAGAAAUGCAUGUUUCAAAUAAAAUUCUCUAUUGUAAAUAAAUUUUUUUCUUUGGAUCUUGGCAA